AGAUUCUUACCUGAAUUCUAAACAAAUUUCUACUCUACCACCUUCCGCCAUUAUAACUUUCACGCUGUUGUUGUUGUUGCUGUCAACACUCGGGUCUCGUUCCCAGGCAUCGUGCUUCUGUUCACUCUCUUGAUUAUUCUCGGCUGUAAAAAUGGCAAAAGUCAAAGCACAUGAGCUGAGAGGAAAGAAGAAGGAAGACCUUCUUAAACAGUUAGAUGAAUUGAAAACUGAGCUGCAGCAACUCUGCGUUGCAAAGGUCACAGGAGGACAGCCAUCAAAGCUCUCCAAAAUCAAAGUUGUCAGGAAAUCCAUUGCUAGAGUGAUGACUGUUGUUAGUCAGACUCAGCGAGAUAACUUGAGAAAGUUUUACAAGAAGAAGAAGUACAUGCCACUAGACCUGCGCCCAAAGAAGACCAGAGCCAUGCGACGUGCCCUGACCAAGCAUGAAGCCUCAUUAAAAACCCUUAGACAAAGGAAAAGGGACCAACAUUUCAGCCAGAGGAAAUAUGCUGUAAAAGAAUAGAUUUAAUGAAAAGGUUUGAUCAUUUUGAA